AUGGCGGCCCCGAGCCUUCAGAGAUCUGGGGAGACCUUCAGGAGAUCGGGAUCGUCGGGGCUGGUGUGGGAGGACAGGCUGCUAGUGGAGGAGGGGAUCCAGGCGAAGAGCAGGGAGGAGGGAGCGGAGGCCGGAGGCGGGAACGGCAGGCAGAUGGAGCGGAGCAGAUCCAACGGCGGGAACCGCCCGUACCGGGCCAUCAAGGUCUCCCCGGCCGUCGAUCCGCCUUCUCCCAAGGUCUCCGGCUGCGGCUUCUGCGGGAUCUUCGGGAAUUCCGGCGGUGCCCCGCAGAAAUCCAACCCCCGGAGGCGGUAG